AUGACAACCAAAGAAGCACAUGCGAUUACGACUCAGUUACAGGAACUCGAGUUUUUAUAUGCUUUUGCUAAGGCUCGUCAGGUAGCUUUAUUAAGGCGUAACGCAGGAAAGCGCGCUGUUGACACAGAAAUCCUGUUGCGGGAGACACAGUCAAAGCCUCGAGAUUCUGAUCGCUAUGCGACAGCCGUGGCGUGA